CAACCAUAAGCACCUUUCCAGAAUUAAUGAAUGAAUGACGUCAUGUCAUCUACCAGACAUAUUUGUCAUUGUUAGUAAUAAUAUCAGAGGAAUUUAUACAUAUGCCAGUGAAAAUGCGAACUGUAAACGGUCAAUCAGUGUUCAUAUUGUUCGUUGUACUUACAAAGGUCAGUCUUGCAUACAUUGAGGCACUUGCAGCUAAUGUUGAUAAUGAUAUACCUGCAUCAAAAUUUGUUCCAUCUGUUGCAUUUAAAUGUGGAAGACCAGCAAUGCACAAAACAAGCACAGGAUGGCAGAAGGAUAUUAAUACAGACUGUAAAGAGGAUAAACUGGAUAUUCUAAAAUACUGUCAGAAUGUGUACAAAAAUUUUUCUAUAACUAACAUUGUUGAAGAUCAUGAAGUUACAAUUAAUUGGCCAGGCAAAUUUGGGAAAACUGAGGCAAUAGCAGUUACACCCUACAGAUGUAUAGUGGGACGUUUCGAGAGUGAUGCUUUAUUGGUACCUAGACACUGUAAAUUUGAACAUGAACAUGGCUUACCUGUAGUAUGCGAAGGCUAUCAAUAUUGGGCAGAUGUAGCAGAAAAGAAAUGUAAAGCACAAAAUAUGAAGAGAAAUGAUUUUGCAAUGCUACUUGACUGUGAUAUUGGCAAGUUCAAUGGAGUUGAAUAUGUUUGCUGCCCAGAUGAACAAGUUGAAAAACCACUGGAUGUGCCAGUAGAAUUGACUCCAGUAAAGACUAAGCCACAAGAAAUACUUCUUGGUGGAGACGACAACAAAGAAGAUGCUUACAUUGCAUACCUCAGAGCUGAUGACUCUUUCCUAAGUAAAUAUGAGAAUGAACAUGAUAAAUUUCUAGCUGCAGAAAGUGCAAUGGAUUCUCACCACCAUGAACGAAUAACAAAGAUGAUGAAAGAAUGGCAAGAAGCAAGAACCAAUGUAAACAGAUUAAAGGAGUCAAAUCCUAAGGGUGCUGAAAAACUCAACAAAGAUAUUAUGCAGAGAUUUCAGAGAUUGUACAGUGGAUAUGAGCAAGCUGACCAAGCUGAAAAGAAACAGUUAGUGGCCCUGCAUAUGCAACACAGACAAGCUGAAUUGAAUAAGAGAAAACGCAUCAACUUGGAAAAAUAUAUGGCAGAAUUACAGAAACAACCCCCAAAGGUUCACAAAGUGAAAAAAUUCUUAGAGGCUUAUAUUCGAGUAGAAGAAAAAGAUCGUAUGCACACACUGAACCAUUUCACACAUGUCAGACGCAGUGAUCCAGCUGAAGCCCAGCACAUGCAAAAAGACACAUCUGAACAUUUGAAAGUAAUUGAUGAGAGAAUAAAACAGAGUCUGGAUAUGUUGCAUCAUUACAAGAAAAUAGAAAAAGAAAUCCUUUCUGACAUAAAAGAUUUCCUGUCACACUACAAGUCUUUAUCCGAGAGUGCCCUACAUGUAAUUAUGAGACCAUUCACACAAGAAGAAUUAAAAAAAUCAAAGACAGAUGAUGGCUUUGAUAAUUCAGAGUCUUGGGAUAAUGAAAAGAUUCAAAUUCCUGUGAACAACAAACAAGAAGUGAUAAUUGAUAAGCAGCUGGAAGAAUCUCAGGAUGAUAAUCAAGAAGAUAUGGAAAAUGAACAUCAGGGUUUUGCUGCUCAGCAUCUCAGUGAUCAACAAAAUGUGAAGCAUCAGGGUUUUGUCAACAAUCCAGUACAUCAUAUUGUAAAUUCAACAGGAAGUGUUUUCGGUAUUGCAAUUGGCAGUGUUGCUGUUUUUGUCAUUAUUGUUGUGGCUGUUAUCAUGCUAAGAAGAAAUAAGUCACAUCGACAUCCUGUUACUCAUGGUUUUGUUGAAGUAGACCCAGCAGCAUCACCAGAAGAAAGACAUGUAGCAAACAUGCAAAUGAAUGGCUAUGAAAAUCCAACUUACAAAUACUUUGAACUAAGUGGAGUAAAAAAAUGCUAAAGAAUGUAGAUGAAACAUUAUUCAUUAAACCAUCUUUUCCAGGGAUGAAAUAUUUAAAAUGAUUAUUAUUUUGAAAAUUCCGAAUUAUAUUUAGAACUGGAGCAUAUGCAUACAGCUGUAAAGUGUGAAUUUUUUUCAGUCAUUUAUUAUUAAGAUUUUUGCUCUGUCUUUGGUGUCACUAUUCAAUUGUGAAAUUCAACCAUAUUGCAUAUUUUACAUUGUUUUUUUUAUGAAAUUUACUUUUUUUUUUCUGCAGUAUACAGUGUUCUCCCCAGGGCCUUUAAGCAUCAUGGUAAUGUGAUGCUAUAUUGCUAGAAUGUGAUGCUAUCUGAAUUGGUUUUCUUAUAGAUAGUGUAAUGGAUGUGAUGCUAUAAUAUCAAGAAACAAGAUGGUAUUUCAUAAUUUCCUCUUUACUGGGAUGAUAUAAGAAAUUUCUGAGGAGAACACUGAGUAUAUUUUAAUUUUCAUUUAAAACUCUUUAUUCUUUUGCAUAUAAUGAAAUAUCCACUCAUUCCUGAAUUAAAGUUGACACCUAUUUAAGAAAAAAAUAUUUGAUUAAAAAGUUUGGCAAAAAGACCAACUAUUGUUUUUUUAUAAAUAGAAUGUUUUCUUAUUCUUUGAAAUGAACUUCAAAUGUACAUUGCUCUUAAUAGCCUGUAUUUUUACAGUUUAAACUGUUGAAGAGUUGCAUAUUGGUCAAGGAAAUAUAUUAGAAUUUUAAACAAUAUUUUUGAUAAGAAAAGUAGCAAUGCAUUUAUCUAUCAUUGUUUCCUAUUAGAUCUGUAAACUGAAUAUUCUUAUGUUUUAUAUGCAAUUGAAAGUCUUUGGUUGAGAAUUGAAUCAGAAAAUGAAAAACUAAGUAACAUCAAAAUAUUGAUCGAGUUCAAGAUUAUCUUUAACUGCACUCUCCAAAUCCAAAUCCUAGAAGAUAAGUCAUAUGUUAUCUUGUCGGAGACUAAACAUGAUAAGCAUUGCUCCAGUACAGGAUUUGUAGAUAUAAGUUUACCUUGAUAUUUUUUUCUGAUAAACUGAACAAAGUCUUCUUUAUAUUGUCAAUACUUAAAAAAAAAAACCAUUUUCAACAUUUGCACCAUUCCAUUGUUUUAUAUACUAGCUUUAUAUAUCUCAGUUUGUAGUCGGACAUUGUUGAUUGUAUCAAAUAACAUAAAUUAUUUAACCAUCCAUUGUAGCGAUAUUUUUAAAUGUACAGUUUGUAUUUACCAACAUUUUGAUGAUGUUAUUACACCAGUGUAAGAUUAAAGGUGUAUUGUGUUCGUUGAUCUAGAGCAUUUCCAUUUUAUACUUAGCAAGCAGAAGAGUUAUUGUAUGUAAGGCUAUGCUUGUCAGUUGUAUAUAUGCUGCUGGUGUUUAUCAAUGGUUAAUGACACAGUUGAUAAUCCAGCAAGCAAAAUUUUGUCAUGUCCUAGUACAGCUUUAACUUAAAGUAUAUAAAUAACAUGAUUGAGAAAAAAUACACAAUAUCAUGUUUUAUGCAAAUGAUUCAGUUAAGGUAGCAUGUUUAUAUUAGUAAUAAGAACUGCUACAACCAGAUUAUGGAUACUACUUGAAAAUUGUCAGACUGCAAACUGGAUUUACAUUGUAAAUAGAUCAUGUACAUUUUAUACUACAUGUAAGUGUAUUUAAAUGUUAGUAAAUUGUAUUUUUUCUGUCAUGAUAACAAUUUCCUGAAGUUAAUUUUUUUGAAAUUGCUUUUGAACCUGGUAUAUUUUAUCCUAUUUAUUUGGCAAAUCAUCUAUAAAUUGUGAUUUUCAUUUUGUAACUGCCAAUAAUGAGGAAAUUUCAAAUGUCAAAACUAAUUUUUUGUAAUGGUUUUAACCUAACUGAACUACAUCUAGAAUAGAACCAUGCAGUUUGAAUACAAUGAAUUAUGUAAAAUUGACUAAACAUGAAAUAGUGUUGUAAAUACGAAUUGAAAACAUGAUUUGUAACACAACUUUUUAGCAAAUGUUUAGAGUUUUAACUAUUUUGUUAUUUAAGCUUUUUAAGUUAUAAAAAAAAUUUAAUUAUGACUCAUUACAACCAAAAGCUUUAGGUAUAUUUAGAGAGAAAAAAAACACUGGUUUCAAAAAGUGAGAUAGCCAAAGAAUGUAGCAUUAACACACAUAGAGUGUUAUAUUCAGAUAGAUAUAAUAGGUUCAUCAAGCAUGCAGCUCUCCUUCUGAUAAAUCAGAUGCUGAUAUCAAACUUUUGCAGCUUAUCUAACAGUUGAAUAGUGUACAAGCAGAUUUAAUUUUGCUGCAUCCAAAAUUUCUCUUUGCUUUCCACUUUGUCUAUUCCAUCUUUGAUUAGUCUUUAUUAAGAAAUAUAUAUAUAUAUAUAUACUGGUAGUAUAUAAUUUUUCAUAAAAAAUAUAGACAUAUUUAUAUAUAUAUAUUUAGUACAUUAUUGUUAAUAUAUAAUAUCUUUCAGUAAACCUGUAAGGGGAAGAGUUGCUAAUUCAAAUAAAAAAUAAGACAUCAGAAUAUUCAAGGUAAUAUUACCAGGGAAUAGUAUGGUUUUGACUGACUUUAUUGUUGUUGUCAAGCUGUAGACAUCAUUGUCAAUGCCAUUACUUUUGUUAAAGUUGACGUUUAAAAAUAACCUAAAUAUUUCCUUUAAAGCAAGGUCUAAAUUUUUGAUAAAUUGCCUAAAGGCACCAAAACAAUUUUCAUGAGAGUAAUUUUUGAUUUAUUUAUUUAU